AUGGGCGAUGAUGAUGAGGAGGAUGACACAUGCCCCCUAUGCAUGCAGCCGAUGGACGAGACGGACAUCUCCUUUUUUCCUUGUUCCUGCAAUUACCAGGUUUGCUUGUUCUGCGUCCAUUACAUCAUGGAGCAGAUGAACGGCAAAUGUCCGGCAUGCAGACAGGAGUACGUGGAGUCCCAAUUCAGGUAUGAUGCGAGCCGUGCCCAGUCAUUCCGCGAAAAACGAGCAGAGAAGAAGAAGGGUGGCAGCAAGAAGGAGGAGGUGCCUCGCGAGGAGAAGGACCCACCAGCACAGCAAGCGGAAAAAGCCAAGGGCAGAGGCGGACGCCGUGAUUUGUCAGAGGUUCGUGUUGUGCAGAGGAACGUGGUGCAUGUCAUCGGCCUCACCACCAACGUGGCGAAGGCAGAAGUUCUGAAGUGUCCCGAGUACUUUGGCCAGUACGGGAAACUGCUGCGGGUGACGGUCAGCAAGCUUCCCGUCCAGUCAAAGCCUCACAAUGGCGAGAAGAGCAUCCCGGUCUACAGCGCGUACCUGACAUUCGAGAAACCAGAGGAGGCAUCUGUUGCAAUACAGGCUGUAGAUGGAUUUGCCGUCGAUGGGCACACGCUUCGGGCAAACUUCGGCACCACCAAGUACUGCCGCAAGUUUCUCGAGGGUGAGAAAUGCGAGCGCAAGGACUGCAACUUCUUGCACAAGCUCGCGGAUGAAUCGAACGAGAAGGGCAACUGGAAAGGUGGCAAAGAUGGCCGAGAUGGGAAAGGUGGUAAGGACGGAAAGGACGGAAAGUGGUACUCGUCGUGGAACGGCAAGGAAAGCUACCACAAAGCGGAAUGGGCGGAGGAUGGGAAGGGGAAGGACAGCAAGGGAAAGGACUACAAAGGACACUACUACAGAGACUGGAGGGAAGACAAGGGCCGAAAAGAUGGGGGAAAGGGUCGGUGGAAGGAUUGGGGAAAAGAAGGUGGCAAGCAUGGCAAGGACUUCAAGGGCAGGGGCAAAGCAUCGAAGGAGUGGUGGAACGGCUGGUACCAGCACGACUGGGGAGGAGCGGAUGCGGGCAACUACGGCAAUUAUGACGACGAGCCUGAGGUGGACCCAGCAGCUCCAGAAGCUGAAGGCGCAGUCCACGAAGAUGAGCAGGAGUCGUUAUCGACGAGGCCCGCGAAUGAAGAAGACGCGGGUGGACCAGAGGCCGACAAGGCAUACAGAUCGAGCGCCGAAUUGCCAUCACCACCGCUGGCAGCCAAGACUGUGACAUUUGACAUGGUCCAUGCCACCAUCGCAACCUCCGUCACAGCCGCCGGCACAGCCACCGGCGCAGCCACCGGUACAGCCACCUGCACAGCCCCCAGCACAGCCACGGGCGCAGGAUGCCAAGAUACCAAGUGCUGCACCGGAGCAGCCGUUCCAGAAGGCUUUGGCACAGCAUUUACCGAGUCGCCCUCGUCCAAACGGAUCAUCAAGGUGCUUUUGCGGAACAACGAAAUGCUCGCUGCCGACCGCUGCUUGCGAGUUCUCAUACAGUCGAGCCAGGCUCUGGCAGAGAACUCUGUGACGAGACCUUCCACCACAGCUCCAUUGACUCCUCCGAGCCCCUUCCUCGAAGUCUGUGACAAAUUGAACAACGCGUGGGGUAAUCAAUGUCAGAUCGGCCGCAUUCUGUGCAGGAGCGGCAGGAACACAGAUCAGAUCAGAGCAUCCAUGAGCAUCCCAACAUAUCCCAACUGGCAGCUGAAGGGCUCGAGAAUGUCCCAGAUUGAUGCCACGAGUAUAGACAUUUCCUUUCCCCUGAACACCAUGACGUACGGAACUUUCACAGUCUUAUGUCUGGUGGUGCCACCGAUUCUCUCGCAUUUGGAGAGAUGGCUUGGCAUGCAGUGGCUGCUGGCACUUUGCUCUGCAGCCUAUGCCGCCAUGGCGCUCUCCAAUGUCAUCAGAGUACCUGCAACACCUUCACCAAUGUGGGCAGUCACCGUUUCCUUCAACGUGCUGGUUGGAGUUGCUGCUCCGCUGCUUUGGACAAGCCAAAACACCUAUCUUAGCCGCUGUGCCCUUCACGCAGCAGCACUUUCGCAAGAAGCUGCUGGCAUAGUGACCACGCGCUACAAUAGUUUGUUCUUCUCUAUUUACCAAUUUGCUGGCAUGUUCGGGAAUAUCCUGGCUUCUGUCAUCUUGGUGGCAUUUGGCACCAUCCCCUGGGCAAAGGAUAUCCUGUUCUUUGCUUUGACUCUCUGUUGCCUGAUGGGUGCCUCAGUUUUCCUGGCACUGCCGACUGUGGUGCACGAUUUGGGUGAUGAGGAGAAGCUGCCUAGAAUUGCUGAUACGGGUCGACUUGCAUUCACGGAUGCUAAGAUUAGUUUAAUGAUCCCGUUCAUGAUAACGAACGGGAUGUGUUUGGCCUUCUUCCUGGGCGACUUUCAGACUGACGUUACAUGCCCAGUUGCCGGGCCUGCUUAUACCGGAUUCGUGAUUGCUGCAUUCUAUGGUGUGAAUGCUCUUUCCUCGGCAGCUUGGGGUUUCCUUAUAACUCGUAACUGGCUCUCGCGCCGCACCGUCUUCAUACUCGCUACGCUAUUCGUGGCCAGCUUUCUGCUCAUGAAGCAACUCUGGACGGUGCCACAGAACUUCCACCUGAUCCCGGGGAGUACAACCUGGCAAAAAGCGGACACACCGGAUUGGAAAGCAAUUCUGGCUGUGUUUGCGAUGGCCUCUGCAUUUGCGUGUGGUGACUCGUUUUGCGAAGCCGGGCCAGCGAUGACCUUACAGACGUUCUAUGCCAGCUCAGACCAAGUCAUGGCGGCCAUGGCCAAUUACAAGCUUUGGCAGAGCCUGGGCUUCGCAGCAGGGUUCUUCAUCGCCAUACCACUGAAAGAAUUUCCAGCAGUUCGAGGAGCAAUUCUUCUUUCUCUCUCGGUGCUGUCGCUGGUUUCGGUCCUACUGCUGGACCGAUACAUAUCUCCCGUGGAUGGUUUACGAGACACAGAGCAGUGUCAAGUCUUAAACGGAUGA